GGAGAGAGCCAUAUACUCCAAGGGAGAGGUGAAGAGAGAAGCUGGCCGCAGGAUUCGUUUUCAAGUAGAUAGGGUUACUUGUUUGAUCCAUAACUUGAGCUUCACUCAUCCAAAUAAGGCGUAUGAUAUACCAAAAGAAAUCUAUCAAGACGAGGAAUCCGUGAAGGUCUGGUUUGCAGAAAUCGUAGUAGUGGAAGGCUUCCAAAUCGUCCGAGCAAAACACAACCUCGCAGGAGAGGAUUUAAUCUUCUAAAGAAACGAGUUAGCCGGAAAACACCCAUUCUAGGGGCUGUUUUCGUAUCAACGAUUAGGGGUUGAACUAGCACUUUGAGGGGGCUGUUUAACACUCAUUUCUAAGCAAGGAAUCAGUUCUCAAGCUCCCUUGGCCGAGGCUUUGGUCAUUGGAUCGAGAAGGAAAGUUUUAAAGCUCAUUUGAGAGUGCUGACCCCUUCGGGGGCGUCCCACUACCAUUUUUCAGGUUGAGGCUAGAGCUUGCUUCCUGUGCUCGUUGCUCGAGAGAUCAUCUAGGAGGGAAGACUUGGUUCAUGCUCCCUCCAUUCUGUUUUUAAACAUUAAUAAACAUGCUCAUGAAUAUUUUACUAUAGAGCAUGCGUGCUCAUGUUAGCCACGUGUGGCAUUUGUGUUCAAACUAUGUUUUCCGCUACGUAUUCGAUUGCUUGUUAUGUUGUUUAUGGAUGGCUUACGUGUGAAUGAUAUUCGAGACGCCUUGUAUAAUAUGAAUGUGUUGGACUGCGGUUGACUAUUCGUAUUGUACGGCGGGUUGUUGACGUGUCCGGGGAGGUCCGGGGCGUGACAAUUUAAUUGGUAUCAGAGCCUUAGUCCAUAAACUUCAUAAUGAAGUCUCAAAAUUCUCUUUUUGAAAACCAUGAGCAUAGAAGUUUUGUACUUGGAGAGCUUUUGGUACUUGGGUUGCAAGGUCUCUAAUUGUUAAGAUGGUACCCUUAGCAAUUGGUAUGGCGGUGACUCGAGCCAAAAUGUGUCUUCAGUACCUAUCCGUCAAUUGACAUUUGAUACGAGUCUAACGACUCUUUCCAAAUUUCUUUCAGAAAUGGACCGUGGUGGCAGGAUUACUAGGAGAAACCCGACUGGCCGUGUACCAGUGGAGACUGGACAGGGCAGUCGAAGGACCUCUAGGGCAUCUAGAGGAGCUGGCCGUGGAGGCCGAUCACAGACCGUGAGUGACGGUCAUGUCGACACAGAAAGUGAAACCUACUGGUCCUAUGAGGACUCGACCUAUCGACCGGAAACUGAACCGGUUGAGACCCCUUAUGAGGGGGAUGAUGAUGAUGUAAGCGAUGAGGUGGAAAAUGGAUCCUUAGCACGGAUUGAAGCACUACUCCUACAGUACCACCGUGAGCGUGAGGAGAGGAGAGAACGCCGAAGGCGCCGAGCCGGGCAACCUUCGGGCGGGGCUUCAAGCGGGAGAAGCCAUGGCGACUCUAGGGCCCACAUUGAGCCACAUGGGGGCCGGGGUGAUGGAGGUCCAAUCAUAAGGAUCUCCAAGUACAUCAAAGAGGCACGAGACUUGGGGUGCAAACCGUUCGAUGGAACGGGUGACAUCUCCAUUUCGGCGCAAUGGAUUAAGAGGCUGAAUGAGGCGGCCCUGGACAUGCAACUCACCCCCGAAUAUAAACUAAGGGUUGCGGUGAGAUUACUUGAAGGUAUGGCAUCCAAGUGGUGGGAUGGGACCAAAAGCAAAUAUGGUGAGACCGUCACUUGGGAGAAUUUCCGGGAGGAAUUCUUUGCACAAUAUUACUCGGAUUUCGAGGUGAACAAAAAGGUGAGGGAAUACACCCUUCUAACCCAAGGGGGUAACAUGACGGUGAGGGAACUUGAGUACAAGUUCAGGGAUCUUGCCGACUACAUACCUGAGUAUGCUUGUGAUGAGAACCGGAUGGUGAACCACUUCUGGGAUGCUCUAGACUUGGAGAUACGUGACAGGGCAACACAAUUGCCUAACAUGAUGUUUGCUCAAGUGGUUGACCAAGGAUUGAAAGGGGAGAAGCAAUGGGAAGAAAGGAAGAAGAGAGACGCCGAGGAGGCGAAAAAGAGAAGGUGGGAGAGUCAUGGCUCCCAAGGUUCCAACAAAAAGGGGAACCACGGAGGAGGAUCUUUCCGGGCACCACCACCACCAUCUAGGGGGAACCAAGGCCCGAGUGGGCAAGGCUCGAGAUCACAAGCCUCAGUGGCAACUCGUUGCAACAAUUGCAAGAAGAACCACUCCGGUAAGUGUCGCGACCCCCCUAGAUGUUUCCAAUGCGGGGAUACCGGGCAUUUGAAGGCGCAUUGCCCACAAAUGGGUGGGGCAAGGUCAUCGGGACCAAGUAGCGGGGCCACGGGGACGAGAAACCAAGCCCGGGGUUCCCAAUCAACUAGGGGGCAUGGAGGAGCAAGCGCGAGCAACGCGCCAUCGGUGAAUCAAGAAAGGACUCAAGCUAGAGUCUAUGCGAUGACGGAGGCGGAUGCUCAAGCUAACCCGGAUUCCGUUGCAGGUAUUACCUGUUGUAUACUUAUGUUUUACCCUUGAUUAGUCCAUAAAUUGAGGUUGCUAGUCGUUGGGAUCAUUGCACGAAGCUUUGGGGUCAAACGGAGCGAAAUCGGGCGAAAGACGGCUGAUUUCCGCCAACGCACACCAGGCUGGACCAUACGCACGGCCGUGCGUUGGUCCGUGCGUUGGUGGCAGUAGCAACCAGGAAGAAAUUGCUAUACGCACGGCCGUGCGUUAUCCGUGCGUUGGUCCGUGCGUUGGUGGCAGUAGCAACCGG